GUUUCCAAUAUAUUUCGGAAUGUUAUCUUCCGAAGGGUACUCCUGCCAUUCUUUUAAAAAGCCUGAGUAUUAGAUCUAUUGCUUGGGGUGGCAAAUCUAACACCCUCUCCUACACAGUUGGUCACACACAGCAUGCUACACAAAGGUUGUCUCAAACACCUGCUUCUCUCUCCUUCCCUCCGCCGCAGCGAAGCCAUCUCUGCUUCUCAACCCUUCGUGGGUUCCGGCGAAUGCUCCACUCUCUCUUCACUCUCCGGCGCCACCAUUCGCAUUUCCAACACCUUCUUUCUUCUUUCUCCCUCAUUCCUCCAACCCAUCACCACUUCUCCACCACCUCCGCCACCGCCACCGCCACAACCACCACUCCUUCUCACUCACACACCACCCCAGUAGAAUUAUCCCGUGUUGACUUCCACGGUUUCGCUCAAUCGGUGCUGUCAUCCCUCUCAAACAAGCCACGCGCCGAUGCCUCUUUGAAAUCCCACCUCUUGGAGGUGUCCACUGUGGUCCCUGAUAUCACUCGCCAGUUUUGGAGGAUACCCUUUUUGAAACCUGAACAUGUGCUGCAGAUUUUGCUGGGUUUUCAAUCCGAGUGUGUCCUGGUUGGGAUUCCGGUUGAAAAGGUUCGAUCUAUGUAUGAGAUUUUCAAAUGGGGUGGGCAGAAAAACUUGGGUUUCGAGCAUUAUUUGCAAUCCUAUGAGAUCAUGGCAUCACUGCUUGUGCAGGUUGGGUUGCUCAGAGAAGCUGAGGACUUGCUCUCUGAAUUGGAGGGUCGAGGAGUUUUGUUAGGUACUCGUGAGAUUUUUGAUAAUCUGAUUGAAGGGUAUGUUGGUUUGAAAGAGCUGGAAAGAGCUGUUUUUGUGUAUGAUGGUGUGAGGGGUCGAGGGAUGGUUCCUUCUCGAUCAUGUUGUCAUGCUCUGCUUGAUCUCUUGGUGCAGAUGAAGAGGACACAGCUUGCAUUUCGGGUAGCUUUUGAUAUGGUGGAUUUGGGUGCUCCUUUGAGUGGUGCUGAGAUGAAAACUUUGGAGAAUGUUAUGGUACUGCUUUGUGUCAAUGGGAAGAUUCAGGAAGCAAGAAGCAUGGUCAGGAAGGUGUUGCCUUUGAAUUCUGAGGUUAGUAGUUUGGUUUAUGAUGAAAUUGCAUUUGGAUACUGUGAGAAGAGAGACUUCGAAGACUUGCUUAGUUUUUUUGUUGAAGUGAAGUGUGCCCCUGCUGCAGUGAUUGCUAAUAGAGUCAUAAAUUCCCAAUGCAGUAAUUAUGGUGUAGAAAGGGCAGGAAUGUUUUUGCCAGAACUAGAAAGUAUAGGUUUUAGUCCUGAUGAAGUAACCUAUGGGAUAUUAAUUGGUUGGAGCUGUCAUGAAGGGAAGAUGAAAAAUGCUUUGAGUUAUUUAUCAGUUAUGCUAUCAAAAAGCUUGGUGCCGCGUGUAUAUACUUAUAAUGCUCUUAUAAGUGGGUUGUUUAAAGUUGGUAUGUUAGAGCAUGCCAGUGACAUUCUUGAUGAAAUGAUUGAUAGGGGAACAACACCUGAUAUUUCAACUUUCAGAGUUCUUAUAGCAGGGUAUUGCAAAUCUAGAAGGUUUGAUGAAGUUAAAAUUUUGAUUCAUCAGAUGGAAAGCCUUGGUUUAAUUAAGCUUUCUUUGAUGGAGCAUUCACUUUCCAAGGCAUUUCAGAUUUUGGGCUUGAACCCUCUCAAGGUGAGGUUGAAACGAGACAAUGAUGGUAAACUUUCAAAAGCAGAGUUCUUUGACGAUGCCGGAAAUGGACUUUAUUUGGAUACAGAUAUUGAUGAGUUUGAGAACCACAUUACCUGUGUUCUCGAAGAAUCCAUUGUACCCAACUUUAAUUCAUCUAUAAGGAAGGAAUGUAGCAAUAAUAACCUGAAAAAUGCAUUGGUUUUGGUUGAAGAGAUGCUUUCUUGGGGACAAGAAUUGCUUUUGCCUGAAUUCUCGAUGUUAGUGAGGCAACUUUGUUCAUCUCGGUCGCAAAUCAAGUCAGUGAGCAAGCUUUUAGAAAAAAUGCCACAAUCUGCUGGUAAACUUGACCAGGAAACACUCAAUUUGGUUGUACAGGCAUACUGCAAGAAGGGAUUACUGUGCAAAGCCAAAACAAUACUGGAUGAAAUGCUUCAAAACAAAUUUCAUGUCAAGAAUGAGACAUAUACUGCCAUAUUGACACCCUUAUGUAAGAAAGGAAACAUCAAGGGUUUUAACUAUUACUGGAACAUUGCUUGUAGGAAUAAAUGGUUACCAGGGUUGGAGGAAUUCAAAAAUCUUCUUGGCCAUAUCUGCCAUCGGAAAAUGCUUGGGGAAGCAUUACAGUUUCUUGAAAUGAUGUUUUCAUCAUACCCUCACCUAAUGCAAGAUAUAUGUCAUGUAUUUCUAGAAGUACUUUCUGCUAGGGGUCUUACAGACAUAGCAUGUGUAAUUUUAAAACAACUACAGCAUUGUUUAUUCUUGGAUCGUUCUGGUUAUAAUAAUCUUAUAAGGGGCUUAUGCAAUGAGGGGAAAUUUUCUCUUGCCUUGACAGUAUUGGACGAUAUGCUAGAUAGAAAUUUGAUGCCUUGUCUGGACGUUUCGGUCUUGUUGAUCCCUCAGUUGUGCAAGGCUCAUAGAUUUGACAGAGCUGUUGAAUUGAAAGAUUUAAUUUUGAAAGAGCAGCCUUCAUUUUCUUAUGCUGCUCAUUGUGCACUGAUAUGUGGAUUUGGUAAUAUGGGGAACAUUGUGAAAGCUGACACUUUGUUUCGUGAUAUGUUAUCUAAAGGACUCAAUCCAAAUGAUGAACUAUGUAACGUUCUUAUUCAAAGCCACUGCCAAGAUAAUGACUUGAGAAAAGUGGGGGAGCUACUUGGUGUUACCAUAAGGAAGAGUUGGGAGCUGUCCCUAUCAAGUUUCCGAUAUUUGGUGCAAUGGAUGUGUGUGAAGGGUAGAGUCCCGUUUGCUCUGAACUUAAAGAACCUUAUGCUUGCACAACAUCCAUUUGAUGUCCCUAUCAUAUAUAACAUUAUGAUUUUCUAUCUUUUGUCAGCUGGAAAAAAAUUGGAUGUGAGUAAGAUACUUGCUGAAAUGGAGGAGAAGAAAGUUAUACUCGAUGAAGUUGGUCACAAUUUUCUUAUCUGUGGUUUCUUGCAAUGUAAAUAUUUAUCUUGUUCUCUGCAUUAUCUGAAUACCAUGAUUUUGAAGGGACUCAAACCAAAUAACCGCAGCUUGAGGAAGGUAAUAAGCAACCUGUGUGACGGUGGGGAGCUGCAAAAAGCAGUUGAUUUGAGCGAAGAAAUGAGAUUCAGAGCCUGGAUACAUGAUUCUGUCAUUCAAACAGCUAUUGUGGAAAGCCUUCUUUCCCAUGGUAAGAUACAAGAAGCAGAAAGUUUUUUGGACAGGAUGGAAGAGGAAUCUCUAACUCCUGAUAAUAUCGACUAUAAUCACCUGAUUAAGCGUUUUUGCCAGCAUGGAAGGUUGACCAAGGCUGUUCAUCUCAUGAACAUAAUGCUCAAGAAACAUAGCAUUCCAAUUUCCACUAGCUAUGAUUCUCUCAUUCAUGGAUUCUGUGCUCAAAAUAAAUUAGACAUAGCUUCAAAUUUUUACUCUGAGAUGCUAAAUUGGAAUCUGAAACCGCAAAUUGACACGGUGGAACUGCUCGUCCUGAGCUUUUGCCAUCAUGGGAGGACAGAACAAGCAGAGCAGUUCCUAGUGGACAUGAUCCAUGGAGGUGAAACUCCAACCAGAAAAAUGUAUUGCAAUGUGAUUAAGAGUUAUCACAUGGAAAAGAAUCUUAGCAAGGCAUCAGAGCUGGUGCAAGCCAUGCAGAAAAAUGGGUACCAGCCUGACUUUGAGAUACAUUGGUCUCUAAUAAGCAAGUUAAGUAGUGUCAAAGCAAAGGACACUGAUAAUGGUGGCAAGGGAUUUUUAUCCAGGCUUCUUUCUAAAAGCGGAUUUUCUCUAAAGAGAUGAUUCAAAUGUCAGGCUGGAGUGGCCCUUGUCAAAGGAGAUUCUAGUAUCUACCAUCAAAAUAGGUAAUGUAUAGAUGCAUCACUUGUAAUUUAUGGGGUUUCAGUUUGUAACCAUGCAUAAAAGAGCUUCUUGUGGCUGCUUCUUGCAUUUCAUCUUUCCUAGUGGUAGCUUCUUGCCAUGUGGAGUCGCAUUUCACAAUUACGUUCGCUAUAGCGGAUGAAAUCAUGGCAAAUCGUGUUCUUUUAGGUGGGGAUGUUUGUGUUUUAAACUUUUUGAAAAUGGCCUUGGUAGAGUGUGAUGAAAUGCAGGAGAAUGAAAUAGAAAUUAGAUUAUGUUUCGUUCUUUGGAUUGGUUAAAACAUAUAGAAUAGAGUGAGCAUAAUGGAGACCAUUUCAUUGCAUC